AUGAUAUGGCGGGGUUUAAUUUGGAGGGGGCGAUUUAAAGGGGCAAGCGCCUGGCGCCGCCGUGCAGCGAAGGCAAACGCCAUGGACCACGAGACGGUACAACAACCAAAGCGUUAUCUCUUUGGUGGAGCGUUUUCCGCCUGCCUUCCUCCUGGAAGCCUGGAUAUCAGUGAGAUGCGCCAAGUUCCGGACAACCAGGAAGUGUUUGUUCACCCCAGCACAGACCAGAGCAUCAUAAUAGAACUGCUAGAAUUCCAGGCAAACGUGCCGGACGAAGAUGCGGCCAGGUAUCACCUUGAGGACAUGGCUGGCGCUUCUGCCACCACGGAGAUUCUGAGCCAGGAGGUGCUUGUGCCCCAUCUCCUGGCCCUGGAAGGCUGCAGCAGCGCCUGGCUGCUCACUGCCCGCCAGUUGGUAGCCAAGUUCAACGAGGAGGCCAAAAACGAGGUGACCCUGCACCUGGCACUGCUCCGCUUGCCCCAAAACGGAACCGACCUGCUGCUCACCUUCAACGACCCUACCUGGAUUCACCCGCUCAGCAGCAGCGCAACCCACGGAACGGAAGUCCUGCCGCCUCCUUCGCAGCCUCCGUGGACGGUACAGCAUUUCCACACUUUCGUUCGCAGCCUGCAGCUCCUCGACCCCAACAUCUUCGGUUAGGACGCCUGUGCAGCCGGGCCCCACAGCAUCCUGCCUCGCCCCACCGGUUCCACGAGCACAGCUCCGGCUGGUUAUGGCUCCGGGUUCCGGGGCUUCGCUGCCUUCGCUUCCCUCGUUCCCGCGGCAGAGGAGGAUUGGGAGGAAGAGGCGCUUGGCGCUCCGAAGGGUGUUCUCGUUGCAGAGGGCGGUUUCGUGGCGGCUGCUCCCGAGUCUCCCUUUCCUUCUGGAUGUGACCAGGCUGCUGAAUUUCACUCGGCCUUGGAAUGAGCAGGUUUCGGCCUGCCCCUUCCCAUCCCUGCUAGCUGUCCCAUCCCAGCGCCAGGACCCGUUAGGAUUAGAUCUCCUCCAUCAUGCUUUUCAAUUACUCGCCACUCUGGCAAAAUUGGAGCAAAAUUCACAGAGCCAGUUACAAACAGACAGACAGCUACCUUUAAUAAGGGCCAACCAAUCAGUGUUCAUUAGUGUAAGCUUUAGAGUCAUACUGGAUUCUUCUUCAGGCUUAACCAUCAAGAAAAGGUGGAAGAAAAAAAGGAGAUGAGACCAUAGUACUAACACACAUAUUUGGUGGAGAAUUAUUUUCCUCUCCUUUCUUUCCUACUGGUUUUCUUCUCCCCCAUCCUCUGGGGAUAUAAAAUAAAUUAGAACUAUUUCCAAAUUACAAGGUUUGAUAGCAGUUGAUCCUAGCUAGCUUUGGCCUUUACCAGCAUGUGUGGUAAAGAUUCGGAUUGCAGGUGGCAGGCCAAGGAGAAUAAAGCCCUCCCGCCGCUUUUUUGGGGGAAGGGCUUUAAGGGGAAGGGGGGGGGGGUUAAAUAAAUAAGAGAGGCCGUGGCCAUCCCCAGAGCCUUUGGGCUGCUGGUGGGGGACAAAGCUGGACCAGAGUCCCUCCCCUUGAGUUCAGCUUGCAGAGUUCCUUUUAUGCUGAAGGGGGGAAAAUCCAGCGUUUCCAAGAACGGUUCCCAAGAAACCAGGCUGCGCUUGAGGCAGCUUGAAGGCCUGAUUUAAUUAGCAAUGCCUUUGCUGUACCCAAAAGUAUUUUUAAAGUGCUGCAAACAGCAGUAUUUAAAAAGUGCUCGAGAACUGAAAAUGUUACAUUCUUCUCUGCCAUAAAAUUAAAACUGGAUGAAAACACGGA